AAGAUGUGUAAAUUUGCAGGCAGACUCGAACAGGUACCUUCAGAGCACGCGAGUUUUUAACAGAGAGACGCACCAGCCAAACAGGUUCUUCAGCGUACCCCUUUGGUUUCCCGCUUUUUCUCGCGAAAAUUCCGCAUGGUUCUGGACUUCUCUAUAAAAGAUCGACUAAAAACCCUAACCUUUAAUUUUUGUGGAAAAUACAUAACGUCUCAGAUUUUCAUUCAGCUGUAGAGCGCAGAUUUACACUCUCUUUCUACAGUUUUUGCAGCAGAUGCUUGGAAAUGGCAAAUGAGACUCGAAGUAGUCGUAAAGUCAAGGAUGAUGAAAAUAGCAAUUCUAAAGGGAAGCAAACCACUAGCAAAAGUGCCUCGGGCUCCACAAGUUCUGAUAAAUCAGGGUUAAGAAGGUCUGCUAGGGAAAUGUCAUCAAAGAAAAAGAUGGUUUCAAGCCCGUCGAGUGUUAGGAAAUCUCAGCGGCUUGAGAAGUUAACCCCAAGUCCUCCAAGCUUGAGAAAAUCUGGAAGAAUUGAGAAAAAAUCGACGCCAAGGCCGCUGAGGAGGUCAGAUAGGGAUACAAAACAGUCCCCUAAAAGAUCGGGUAAAAGCUUGGGCUCAUUGUUUGUAAAGAAGAAAAAUGGACAGAAGGAGGAGAGUGUGAAACAAUCAACAGAUGUGAAUGCUUCUCAGGUGAAAAACGGGAGGAUGACUGCUCGUGAUUUUAGGGCAUUGUGGAGGAAUUCACACGACAAAGUUAAAAUGGCUGGAACUUGUGAAAGAACUUCUGUGGGCUCUGAGUCUGGUGUUAGAAAUUCUUCGAAAGAAACAUUAGAAGAUAAAGGUGGUAUGAUGGAAUUGUCCCACUCAAGGUGUAAGAAUAGCUGCAGGGAUGAAUCUCAUGGAUCUGAAGAUGGUGAUAGCAAUGAUGCAGUGAGCAAAGAGAUCAGUGAUGAAAAUGGAAGGAUAAUAGUUGAUUGCUUUCCACUAGAUAAGGUGAGAGCACCAGAACUGAUGGAUUUUUCAUCCAAUAAAAAGACACUAGACGAAAAGAUUGGCUCUGAAAGUGGUAAGGAUUCAAUGCCUUCGAGGAGAAAAAGGAAUCUGGUGAAUGUUGAUUCCGAGGUGUCGGCAAAGAAUCCAAGUCAAUACUCAAUUGCUGAUGCUAGCUCUUCACCAUCUGAAUCCACAAGGGGUGACCUUGUUGAGACAAAUGGUGCAUGUUUUAAGAGGCACAGGGUAGACUUUGAUCCAGCUAGGCAGGAGUUAUCCUCUUGCAACACAAUCUUAAAUCGAGAAUUGCAUGUUGCAUCUGUCAUGAAGGGUAGAGGGGAACAUGAAGCUACUACUACCAAGGGACCUGCUGAAACGUGCAAUAACUAUACGCAAAGAAAGGAGUCUCCUAUUGAUAUUCAAAUAGGUGGUGAUCAAAACACUUGUCUCAUCUGCAAGCAGGGUGGAAAGCUCUUAUGCUGUGAUGGAAGAGGGUGCGAACGAAACUAUCAUGUUUCUUGUCUAGAUCCUCCUAUGGAUGAUGUUCCUUUCGGAGUGUGGUACUGUCCCAAAUGUGUUAUGAAGAAGAUAGAAUCUGGUGUACAUUCAGUGUCAGAGGGAGUAGAGUCAAUUUGGGAUGCUAGAGAAGUGGAAGUAUCAGAUGUUGAUGGAUUGCAAAAGCAAAAGGAGUUUUUGGUUAAAUACAAAGGUCUUGCACAUAUUCACAAUUGUUGGGUGCCAGAAAGUAAGCUGCUUCUUGAUGCUCCAUCACUUGUUGCAAAAUUCAACCGAAAAAACCAGGUCAUAACUUGGAAACAAGAAUGGACAAUUCCACAACGUUUGCUACAAAAAAGAUUGUUGAUGUCCCCAAAGCAGCGUGACCAGUAUCUUAGAGACCGUGCUGGUGAUAAACAUGCUGGUGAUAAGUGUGAUUGCCAAUAUGAAUGGCUUGUCAAAUGGCGUGGUCUUGGUUAUGAACAUGCUACAUGGGAGUUGGAGAAUUCUUCAUUAUUUAGUUCACUUGAUGGUCAGGGCCUUAUUCGAGAUUAUGAAAAUCGACGCAAGGAGAAUAAAGUCGUUUCUUUUGUUGAAGAUAAGGUACCCCUGGAUGAGAUAAUACUAGAGAGUGAAAAAGGUCUAUCUAUUAAGUUGUCACACCUUCCAAUUGAAAGUUCAUCUGGAUUAAGUACUAAUCAUCUGGAUUGCAUUAACAAGUUACGCGAGCUUUGGCACAAUAGUCAGAAUGCUGUUGUUAUUGAUGAACAGGAACGGAUAAAGAAGGUGGUUGCAUUUAUUCUGUCUUUGCAGUCUAAUGUUUGUCGACCUUUUCUCAUCAUCUCAGCUCCUGCUGCACUUAAUUCUUGGGAUGAUGAAUUCCGUAGAAUAGCACCUUCUAUCAAUGCUGUGGUCUAUAAAGGACACAAAGAUUUUCGGAAAACUAUUAGGACACUGGAAUUCUAUGAGGAGGGUGGUUGUAUUAUACUUCAAGCACUUAUAACAACGGCAGAAGCUAUUAUAGAGGAUCUAGAUGUGCUGAAGUGCAUAGAAUGGGAAGCAAUUGUAAUUGACGAGUUUCAACGUCCUAAAAUCUGUUUGCACUCUGCUCAAAUUAAGAUUCUAUCUGCUAGAAUGAGGCUUAUUCUGAGCUGUCAACUUAAGGAAAAUUCUGCUGACUGCUAUUUUAAUAUGCUAGCUCUGCUUGACUCUCAUGAUGUUUCCGAUAAUAGCAUCCCCUUGCUACCCAGUUCCAGUAACAGCAUUGGUAAACUAAAGGAGAGGUUGUCCAAAUAUAUUAUAUAUGGAUGCAAAUCAGAAGCUUCAAGAUUUAAAGAGUAUUGGGUUCCUGUACAGCUAUCCAAUGUGCAGCUUGAGAAGUACUGUGAUGCUCUGAUUUCAAACUGCACAUUACUUCGCUCCUUUCAGAAGAAUGAUCUUGUUGGAUCCCUGCAUGAUAUUCUUUCAUCUAUUCGAAAGUGCUGUGACCACCCAUAUCUUUACGAUCAGUCAGUACAGGCAUUUCUUAAUAAAGGACUUAAAGAAGUUGAGUACUUGGAUGUUGGAGUAAAAGCAAGUGCCAAGCUUCAACUUCUUGACAUGAUGCUUUUGGAGAUAAAGAAGAGAGGUUUAAGAGUGCUCAUCCUUUUUCAGCCCAUUACUGGAGGGACUGUUUCUGGAACUGGUUCUGGAAGGACUUCUAUAGGAGAUAUUUUAGAUGACUUCCUGAGACAAAGGUUUGGUACAGAUUGUUAUGAACGUGUUGAGUGGGGAAUUCUCCCUGCUAAGAGACAAGCUGCUUUGAACAAGUUCAAUGACAAAGAGCAUGGUAGAUUUGUGUUUUUAUUAGAAACCCGUGCUUGUGUUCCCAGCAUCAAACUUUCAUCAGUUGAUAAUGUCAUCAUAUAUGGUAGCGAUUGGAACCCAGUAAAUGAUGUAAAAGCCCUACAAAAGAUAACACUUGAUUCCCAGUUUGACCAGAUAAAAAUAUUUCGAUUGUAUUCAUCUUGUACUGUGGAAGAAAAGGUUCUAAUCCUUUCAAAGCAAGAGAAGAUUCUUGAUAGUUUAAGCCGGAAUACUUGUCAUAUGCUGCUCAUGUGGGGGGCAGCUCAUCAAUUUGAAACUUUGGAUAAGUUCCAUCGUGGAAAUGAUCCACCCUCCAUUGCGGAUAUCUCAUUUAAUGAAUCACAUUUGAAAGAUGUUUUCCGGGACUUUUUGUCAAUACUUCCUUUAAACAGCAAAGAGAGUGGCUCAGGGAAUCCCUCGAUCAUUGUGAAUGUUCAACAAGUUGGAGGAGCUUACAGUACAGAUUUUUCAUUGCCUGGUAUGCGACAAAGCCAAUUAUUGGAAGAAGGGCAGCCCCAUAUAUUUUGGACAAAAUUGUUGGAGGGAAAACAUCCUCAGUGGAAAUAUUCUUCUGGUUCAUCUCAGAGGAAUCGGAAAAGGGUACAAAAUUUUGAUGAGAUAUCAAAAGAACAGGAAGCUGAGAUUGUUGAUGAUGCUAAGAAGCGCAGGAAGGUUGUCAGUAGUAGUGUAGAGCUGUUCUGCCAGAAACUUGGAUCAGAUGGAAAAUUAAUUGCUGGAGACAAGGAAGGAGCUUCUGAAACAUCAGCAGAUAAUCUACCAUAUUCUUUGCUCAAGUCAUCAUGUGUGAAUAAAACAAUCCCUUCAAUCUAUGCUUCUAGUUCACCUCAGUUGGGGCCUAAUUUCUUAGGAAUGCCUAAGGCUACAACUUCUGAUUAUGGAGAAAGAAGAAGAUUGCUUGAUGAACAAAAGACUCUUCAUCUUCAUUUGAAGCCAGAGAUAUCAAAACUAUGUGAAAUCCUACAACUCAAUGAUCUUGUUAAGGGUAUGGUUGAAAAGUUUCUUGAGUAUGUAAUGCAUAACCAUCUAGUCUAUAGAGAACCAGCAACAACAUUGCAGGCUUUUCAGAUAUCUCUGUGUUGGACUGCAGCAUCUUUGGCGAAUCAAAAAAUUGAUCACAAGAGUUCAGUUUUGCUAGCAAGACAACAUCUCAAUUUUAGCUGCAAGAAAGAAGAGGCAGAUUGUGUUUAUUCAUUGUUGAGAUGUCUUAAAAAAAUGUUUCUAUAUCGUAUCGGGAACCUAAAAGAUGCAGAGGUUAAAGAAUGCACUGACAAACAGGUUCAUUGGCUAUCAAGAUUGGUAGAGAAAGACGUCUCAAAAAGUAUUAAAGAAAUUCAGAAGAAGUGCCAAAAGCAGUUGACAAAACUCCUUCAAAGGCAACAGGAAGCGAAAAAUGAGCUUUUGCGAGACUACGAGGUAGAAAGGGCAAAGCUACAGAAUCAGCAGCAGACAGAAGCAGCUGUCAUUCGUUCAUGCACACAGAAUAAUCCUUCAUUGAGAACAGAUAAACUAAAAAUGUUGGACAGUUCAUAUAUGAAAACAUAUGAACAGCACAAACAAGUGAUGGACACGAAUCUUAAGGAACUUGAGGCACUGCAUUUGACUAGAAGAGAUAAGAUGCAGCAGAAGGAGGCUAAGUGGGUGGAAGAGGUGAUGUCCUGGGCUCGUAGAGAAUGUUUAGGCAAGCCACCUUCAAAUGGACCUGGCCAUCAGUUGGAAUAUUCAAGGACUAAUGAGCGAAUUGUUCUUGGUGAUCCUGCUUCGGUUUGUCUUUCAGAUGAGCAGAGUCCUGAGGAUGUUGAGCGUAGCAUAUCAGGGUUUAGGGCUGGACUACCUGGAGCUCCAGAAAAUGUUACCAAUGAAGAUGUGGCAUUUAACCAUCCUGUCAAAACAUGGACUCCUCAUGUUGGCCCCAUCAAUGAGAAUGAUAAAUUAAAUACCAUGGCUUCUGAGCAAGCGACAAUUACUGGUCUUUUGGGGAAAAGCAAAACUGUUAAUUCAAGUGAUGAUCAAGAGCGGGUAGCAUCUAUGAAUUCUUGUGCCAAAGAACAGGUUCCAGAUGAUAAUGUUCCACCAGAAGUGUGUGAAAUUCACAGCUCAAGUGAUGGUUCAGGGAUAGUUGCCACUCAGUCUUCAUGUGAAGAACCUAUUCAUGAUGUAGCCGCCUUAACCAUGCCUGAUGGAGAGGUUAUACAGAAUGUUGGUGGGAAUUUCAGUUCAAGUGCUGAUCCAGGGGAAAUCCACCCAUCAACUCUUCCUUCUUCCAAAGAACAGAAUCCCAAUGCUUCUUUAAGCAGGCCUGGUGGAGAUGUUCUUUUGGGAUUGCCUGAGACUGGCCAUUUGAGUGAUGGUGUGGAUAAUGAUGUUUCUGCGAAUUCAUCUGCAUCUGAAGAAGUCUGUACUGGAUUGACCGUAAAUGAGCCAGUUAUAGAGGUCCAUUUUAGAGUGCCUGAAUCUGUCCGUUCUUGUUGUGGCUUAGAAUAUCCUGUCCCAGUAAAUCCACGCUCAUCUGAAGAACAAAUUUUGGAUACAGCCUCAGUAAGCAUUCCUGAUAAAGAGAUCCAGCAGGGAGUGCCUAUGACUCUAAGUUCAAAUGAUGUUGUAAAUGUUGUCUCUUUGAAUCCAGUGUCAUCUAAAGAACAAAUUCCAGACGGAGCCAUGUUGUCUAAUGCUGAAGUUUCAUUGUCAGUGCCUGAAACUGUUCACGAUGAAGUGGAGGUUGAUAUGGCAUCAGCUAAUGCUGCUGGUGUCGGUCAGCUUGAAGGAGCAGUUAAUGCUGUUGACGAAGAUACUCUUCUCCAGGAGCCAUCUAUGCUGCACCAAGAUGAACAUACUCGAUCAUCUACAUCUUGUGGAAAGCAAGUUGGAGAUGCUUCAGCACGUGAUAAGCAGAUUUCUUCUCAAGAAGCUGGGCAUUCAGUGUCCCAACCUGUUGAGAAUGAACCAUCCCAUCAAUCUGACCCUGAUGCACCAGCCUCUGACACUGCUGUGCAAAUUCAGCCAUUGCCAUCUUCAAGUCCACCUUCUGGCCUUAAUCUGCUUAAUGAACCUUCAGUUGGUGAAACUCGAUAUCAGCCAAACCAUGGAGGCCAUACCUCCAAUCAUGUUGCUCAGGCUUCAAUGCAACCUGUCGAGGACCCUGUGGAGCUUCCAAAUCUGGGUGUUUCACAGUCUCUAACAGGUUUUCCAUUACAUCCUCCUGUAGAUGUGCCUACUGGUGGAGUGGGAACGCAUUUUUCAGACACAAGGACUACAUCAGCGGUGCCUCUGCUCUUUUCUCCACCUGACCCACUUCAAAAUGAAGUGGAUAGACUGUGUAAAGAAACUGCUGAUGUCGAUAAGAAUCAUGAUGAUAUGAUGCAGCAUUUGAAAUCUGAAUGUGAGAAAGAGAUGGAUAAAAUUCGUCAGAAGUACGAAAUUAAAUUUAAGGAGGUUGAGGCUGAAUAUGUGCUUAAGACAGAGCAACUGAAAUCAAAUCGUAACAAGGUAUUGAUGAAUAAAUUUUUGGCUGAGGCUUUACGGUGGAAGUGUGGGCCUCUUGGGGCACCAGGUACAUCUGGAGUCAAGCAAGCUAUGAAUUCCAAUUUUGCGCAACAGAGGGUUCGGUCAUCAAUGCUGCAAAAUGCUCAAAGACUUUCCACACCAGUCGGUGCAUCUUUGUCCAGCUCUAGUGCUGCCAAUCUGCAGGCCUCAGUGCCUGCACCCAAUGCUCAGACUAUCCCAUCUGCACUUGCAGUCAGCGCAAGUCCCCUAGCUCCUUUGCAGUCUGUUUCUAAUUCGUCUACCAUCAUUCCAACCACUAUAGCAAGACCACCAGUCAUCGGUUCAUUCUCCUCUCCUGGAGGAAAUCUCCAAAGUGUGCCUGAGAUUCGGACCCCAGCUCCUCAUCUCCAACCCUUCCGACCUUCAACUUAUGCAGCUGCAAUCAGUCACCCACCUCACCUGCGUGGCAUGGCAAGUCAACAAGCAGGUCGAAACCCCCCUUCAACUUCACAUGCACUUCCCCAUGUAUCACCUCGACUACCAUCCUCUACAUACCAAUUUGGUCCUUAUAAUAGGCCUCCUCGUCCUAACUAUUUAUCUGCCUUGGAGUUACUCGUAGAAGUUGAGGGUGGUUGUAAUGCAACUCCGCCAAAUAGUUCUUCCUUGCAACCAAGUUUGGUUCAGUCUAACCCUUCUGAAUCGGGCACAAAUAGGACGCAGGUUAACCAAGUCUCCACUGGUGGAUCUGCUGAUAUUGUUUGUUUGUCGGAUGAUGAAUAAACCAGUCCUAAGAUAUCUUUUGACUAACCGGUUGAUUAGCAUGCACUUUCAGCGUGCCUCUCAGGUAAUCUGGCUUAUGGAAAGUGCUAACAUGUGGCUUAGGGAGAGGACGUAAAAUAUUGUUUAAAUUGCAGCUGUACAUAUCAAAUACUUACACUUCCUGUUUAUGUAAUAUAAAAAUUCAGUUUUGUAUAUGUUCUUAUGUGUAACUGGGAAAAUUUCGGUUCAUAGAGUCGUUUAUUUUA